AUGGACUUUCCCGUCGAAAUUAAAAGCAUUAAAUCAGGAACUCACGUAAAAAAAGGGAAAUUGGUAGCAUUAAAUCCUUACUUGGAUGAAAACUCCAUAUUGCGCGUUGGAGGUCGUUUGAGGAACGCGGACUUUGAAAUCGACAAAAAAUUCCCAAUUCUCUUGAGCUCUAAGAAUCGAUUAACAUUGCUCAUCUUUGAGCAAGAGCACAUAAAUUUAUUGCAUGGAGGCUCGCAGCUUCUUUUAUCUCACACGCGGGGAAGAUUUUGGACUCUUGGCAGCAGGAACUUAGCAAGAAAAGUAGUUAGAAAUUGUAUUACAUGCUUUAAAUCAAAACCCAGAACAGCCAUGGCUCAGAUGGGUCCGCUGCCUCUUCCUCGAGCUUCGCCUUCCCCAACGUUUCACAAUACCGGGGUAGACUAUGCUGGUCCAUUUCAUAUUAAGGAUAGAAAGGGUCGCGGAAGUCGGACAUCCAAAUGUUAUAUUUGCUUAUUUGUCUGUCUUUCUACAAAGGCGCUUCACUUAGAAAUAGUGUCAGACUUGUCCGCGGACUCAUUUUUGGCAGCUAUUAGGCGUUUUACAGCACGUCGAGGCAAACCUCAGCAUUUAUAUUCCGACAACGGAACCACUUUCGUUGGCGCGAAUAAGGAAUUGGAUAUGCUCGGGAAAUUCUUGCGCAAUGAGCUCGACAUCUUAAGCCUAAAGGCUGAUGAGAUGAGCGUGCAUUGGCAUUUCAUACCUGCAUAUUCACCUCACAUGGGCGGUAUUUGGGAAGCCGGCGUGCGUAGCACAAAGCAUCAUUUGCGGAGGGUCGCGAGCAAUGCGUCAUUAACGUUCGAAGAAAUGUACACUUUAGUAGCUCAAAUCGAGGCAAUUUUAAACUCCCGUCCAUUGACCCCUUUAUCAAACGAUUCCAACGAUUACAUACCCCUUACACCAGCUCACUUCUUAAUCGGCCGAAAGUAUACAUCCAUAGCAGAUCCAUCGCUGGACGGAAUUAAAGAAUCCAGGCUGUCAAGAUGGCAACUCAUCCAGCAAAUACAGCAACAUUUCUGGUCCAGAUGGCACAAGGAAUAUAUAUCCGAAUUGCAAACGAGAGUAAAAUGGAAACACCCUCAUCCAGCGUUGUAA